AUGAUCUUCGCCUACACACUCGUUGCUAAAGGCGGAGCGUUUGUUACUCCGACAGUAGUAACUUCCAAUUGGAGUGUAUCAUACUCUGAAGCAGACUAUCGAAUUUCUUUUCCAGACUCUCCUUAUUUCAACGGUUACAAGUCUUUCGAAUGUGGCUCGAAUGUGACUCUUCGCAAGAAUGUAGGUCCUAGACCAGACUUUCCUGACUCAGCUCCGUACGUUGAGCUUACAAGAGUUCUCCGCCCUAUAAUAUACGCAACAUGUCUACGUACUUGCAAGCAAAUACUGGAGCUUGGAUUACAAAUGUUAUAUGCAGAUAAUGCAUACAGCUUCAAGAUGAAGGGCAACAGCAAGAUAUUUUAUGGCCGUCCACCUUCUUUGUUAUCCAAGGACAGCAACUACCACUGGCCAAAUUCCGAUAAACCUACCUUAUCCAGAGAGGGUAUCUAUGACGGCUCCACGGUCAAAUUGUCGGCCAGACAAUAUGAAUCCAAAAUCAAACAUGUCAUGAAUCAGAUUGAGAGGCGUGUCCCAAUUCUUAAGUUGGAGGGCUGGGCUUGUUACGAUCUGUUUCUCCGAUUUCUCUACACGAUCGGACCACAAAGUAGAACUUCAAUUCGUACUUUACGGUUCGCAGGCUCACCAAGAACUCAUGAGCGGAAACGCAUAGUGUGCGAUUGUCAUGAUGUAGAUCUUUUGUACAGUUUGCGCAUAUACAUCCCUUUUUUCAACAAGUUUUGUACAAGCAUAAAUAUACUAGUAUUGAAUAUGGAAAUGGAUGUUUGCAAGACUAUGGGUAGUUUGGCAAAUGUUGUCAGAAGCUUCGAUGAAGUCUUGAAACUGUUUUUGGGUGAACUCAAGAAACUUCAAAGAGUUCGCACUCUGGUGAUGAGACGGGGAGUAUAUCCAAGGGACGAACCUUAUAGAAGAAUACUCUAUGACAAUAUUGAUCAUGCCAAAGAUACGAUCAAUUUCUUUAUGAAUAGGGUGGAAAGAAAAGUUUGA